AUGAAUCCUCCUCAAACUGCCCGUUUUCCUAUUUUUAACAUCCCUGAAGGAGCAUUUAGAACAUUAAAUUCUCACUGGUGUCCAUCAAAAAAAGUGCACAGCAUUGCAUUGCCCAAUAUCAAUGGAUUCCGUGUAUAUUAUCAUCUGGAAAACGGAACCGGAAAAAUGAUUCAAUUGGAUUGUGUUGAAUGCCAACCAAUCAUCUAUGAGCAACAUCUACUUCCAUUUCAAUCAAUCUUCUGUAAAGAACUCAACAAUCAGCUGAUUUUCGUUAAAAAUUAUGUGACAUUACAAAUCGAACAAUACGUAUUCUGCCCGGCAACUGGAGGAUUUAUUCAAGUUGAUUUGCCUAAUUAUACUCCAGAUAUGACGAAAAUAAGCGCUUCGAAUGUCAUCUUCAAUUUGAAUCACCCGAGAUUUGGAAAAUUUUCAAUCCAAAAAGAUGUAAACGGAGUUAUCAGGAAGCUCGUAUAUAACGAAAAUGCCAGGAUGUAUGUGCCGAUCCAGCCGCUGUGCGUUAGAACUCUUUCGAUUCAAAAAAUGGAGAAAGUGGUGUGUGGAGAGAUAAAACCUGAUGUUAUUGAUGAAUCAUAUCGCUAUUAUAUCAGCAAAUGCUCGCAUUUUCAAACGAUUUGUUUCGGAGUUGCUUAUAAUGGAAAUAGUUACAAAUUCACGCACGAUGAGAAGAAUGGUUCAUUUACUCCGUUUCAAUGCAAACGUUGCAUUAAUGAAACAACGGAAACUGGACUCUCAGCAUUGUAUUCUGUGUAUCAUGAGCAUUCCAAACAGUUCGUAAUUUUCGCUCGGAAUGGAAUGAAUUAUAAGGUGGAGCAAUUCAUCUAUAAUGAUAUAACGACUGGCUUCGAACAGAGAGAUUACAAGGAUCUCAUCUACAACAACAACUUCGACCAUCUGAAACCACAUGAAUUUCUUUGUAUCAAUAUCAAUGAGACAACAAAAGAUGUGACUGUCAUUAAGAAAAAACCAUUCGGUCUGGAAAAGGUUCGAUGCGAUGGAGAAAAGAAGACGUUCGCGGUGUUGCCAGAAUUUCCGGUGAAGCUUUUGAGACCAUUCAUGAUUAUCGAUCGUCCGACAGAAAUGAUUACAUAUCCGAAUUCGAUUCAGAACAUUACGAAAGAUAUUUUGCAAGGUUCAACCACCACCGAUGACGACCAAGAAGGAGCUUCUCUCCAAAGCAACUCAUGUCAGACUGAAGUGGUUCCUGAUACGCUUGAGGAUUUCCAAACACUUUCGAUCAAUCAGAAGAAAAAGAAGAAAAGUAAGUUGUAUGAAGUAGCUUAUAUAAGGACCUCAUUCUGA